AUGACGUCGAGAUACAGACGUGUCUUGCGAGUUAUAACAGCGAAGAUUCGUGGUUAUGGGAAAGGGACUUACCCUGGGCAUAAGAUGACGCGAAAAACUAAAGAAACGCCGAAGAAGCUAAGAUUUGCAAAAGCAGUUAGUUCUAAAGAAUACUACCAAGAUGCAAGUGCUCCUACAUUUCAAGGACCUGUUGAAGGAGAGUACGAAAUGGAGGUAUCAAAGGAAGACGGCCAACCGGUAUUGUGUGAUAAAAAGAAAAAUGUUGUUUUAAAAUAUGUCGAACCGGAACCCCCAAAACCGUCCUGUAGAGUUAAAAUGAUCAACAUUCCCCCACCACAACGGCAAAGAUUCGCAUUUCUAUUGUAUAUUAGCGUAGCGUUCAUCAUCAUAAUUGUGUUGAUCGUCAUGGCAAAGGUCUUUCCAUAA